CGCACUUUUCUUUCAUAUCCGCGGAUAUGAGUCAUAUACGCAUUUUAGACGGACCGUAUUUGGGUAUCACUCGAAAGCUCUUCUUUUAUUUAAAACAAGAUGAUUUAAAGAGAAGAUCAUGGGUCAGCAAGAGAGCACAGUACCGGAGACAGCAGUUAGCAUUGUCCAUGGAAAACUGCUCCACCAUUCGGAUAUUCUGAAGAGGAUUGCAAAGUUGUCCUACAAAGAGUUUGUAGACUCUCUGCGAGAACUUAAUGAAAUCACCUCCACAUUCACAGACAAUCACGGCAAACAGCUACAGUUCUCUGUGAAGCCUGGAACCGACGAGACUAUCUUCUGGAAAGCCACUAUUCAAAUUGAGUGCAAAAAGAUCUUAGCGGUAAACAAGCGCAUAUGUUCUGUACGAAACAUGGGCCUGCGACAAUACAUUGCAGUUUAUAAGGAGAUUACAGAGCAAGUAAACAACCUGCCUCCAGCCAACCCGGGCACAAUUCCCUUCAAUCUUAGCGCAUCUGUGAUACUAGACGAAGCUGAAAGCUGCCACAGUCUGCCUCUGGAGGAUGAGUGCUGUAUCUGUAUGCAGAAUGAAGCCAAGACUAUCAUGCCAUGUACACACAAGUUCUGUGAAAACUGCUGCAAAGAGUGGACGGACGUACACAACAACUGCCCAAUUUGUCGAGCUAACUGCCCCAGUUCCGCAGACACAUGGGAGCUGACAGACCCUCCAGAUAGUUCAGAGUUCAGCUCCGAAAUGAAAGAUGUUCUUGUGGGAAUUGCUGACAGAAAAUCACGAAGUUCAAAUUCAUAGCAUUUGCUCUGUGAUAUUUCUAAGGAUAGGAUUGUUUUUUAGUGAAAUGUCUAGCAUGUUGAUGUUCUAAGACUAGAGUUGGGUUCAAUAUGAGCCUCUGGGAAAAUGGGGCUUAAUGCCUGUGUGUAAAGUCUCCUCCUAGAUUAGCCUGUGGAGUUUGUACAUGCUAACCAGUGAUAACACUUUCCACUUGAAUGGAAUUUUUCUUUGAAAGAAAGUUUCCUCUCAAUGUAAAAAAAACAGAUUGAAAGUGUUGUCCAAUAUUAGCCCGUGGAAAGUAUUGUCCAAUAUUAGCCUGUGGAAAGUAUUGUCCAAUAUUAGCCUGUGGAAAGUAUUGUCCAAUAUUAGCCCGUGGAAAGUAUUGUCCAAUAUUAGCCUGUGGAAAGUAUUGUCCAAUAUUAGCCUGUGGAAAGUAUUGUCCAAUAUUAGCCCGUGGAAAGUAUUGUCCAAUAUUAGCCUGUGGAAAGUAUUUCCAAUAUUAGCCCGUGGAAAGUAUUGUCAAUAUUAGCCUGUGGAAAGUAUUGUCCAAUAUUAGCCUGUGGAAAGUAUUGUCCAAUAUUAGCCUGUUCAGACUUCAAGGCUUAACUGGGACAACAUUCUAAUUACAUGAAUUAAUCCCUGUUUUCCCAGAAUAUGCUCAAAUGAUGUAACAAUUCCGGACCUCUAUUGACUAAACUAAAGCAAUGAAGUUGUCAGUUGUUUUUUUUCUGUUGAGAUUCAUGACCACUUGAAAAAUACCAACAGAGAACAAGUAUGAGUUAAAAUGGAGGACAAUUACCUUGAAAUAGUGCUCUGUUUUUGCGUUUUCGCAAAUCAGAUUAACAAAAAGUGCUUUCCCCAUUAUGUCACUUUAAAUAUAAUAAUUAUUCAUCAGUAUAUUUUAAAUAGAGCUGAUUUUGAAAUUAAAUGUUUCUUCAAGAGUUUUACAGUGUUUGAACAUUCAAAUGACCUAAGUGUUCGAUUUUGUUAGUUAUGAUUAUUUUGUAGGGUAAGAGCAUUUAUGCUGGUAGUUACUGGCACACUCAGACACAGUCCAGCGCCAUCAGUUGUCUUGUUAUUUUAGGCACAUAUGCAGGUUUAGUCAGCCCUCAAUAAAACAAGCCUAAUCUUUUGUGAUAAAAAUAUGGUUGUCACUUUAUACUUGUACUUUUAUUUUAUACUUACAUAUACUAGUAUAUGAUAAUGUGAAGUCAACAGUAAUAAAAAUAAGAGAACCAUUUUCUGCUUAAAAAUUGAUAGAGGAACUUUUAAAUAUCGUUAUUUUGCAGUUGCAGGUAUCUAAAAAAUGAUAUAUUAAAUAUUGUUAUAUAGCGGGUACACAGUUCUCCUACUUCAGUAAUCUUUGAGAAUAGAAGAGUUGUUGAGUUCUUGGGAAUAGUUUUCAUUGUUAUCUGUUCAUUUAUAUAAAAAAAACGUGACAAGUGGACAUGGACUCCUGCAACCUAGCAUUUAUAGACAAAUUAAACCUCCUUUGGAAUAAACUUACUUGUUAUUUAAUGCAUACCCUGUGUGAUGUAGCUUACGUUAACUGUAUUGUUAUUUGUGCAACUGUAGUUGACAGGUAUAUUUUUAUCCCCCGCCCUAGGCGGAGGGAUAUUGUUUUGGCGUUGUCCGUCCAUCCGUCUUUCUGUCCGUCCGGAGCCAUAUCUUGGAAGUGCUUUGGCGGAUUUCAUUGAAACAUGGUAUGAGUAUAUAUAUGGAUAAGAGGAUGAUGCACCCCAAAUGGCAUUAUACACCAUCUGUUAAUAACGGAGUUAUAGCCCUUUGUAUCAUGAAAAAAUGCUUUUUUGAGUGUCAAAUAGAACUCUUUUGUGUCCAGAAGCAUAUUGGCGGGGGAUAUCAAUUCAACGAAUUUGCUUGUUCUACUUAUAUUGAAUAUUAUUCUGUCUAUUAUUUAAAAAACAUCAACAUUACAUCGAGUUUCCUAUGAUUGGCUUAAUCUUUUUUUAUCAGUAAUUAGGCAAGAUUGAAAUAAUGUAUUUUAAGGACAUUAAGAUGUUCUUACAGUUGAUAUAUUUUAUUUUUUUAUGUUAUGGCAUUAUUAUUUGCAUGCAGUGCAUAGUUCUUUUUGUAGAGAAAGGGUAUGCCUUCAUACUCAUACACAUACCAUGCCAUAUCAGCGGAGUGUUGAUAUACAUGUAUGUGUGUUCUAUUUUUAUGUCCCCGGUAGGGUGGCAUAUAUCAGUUGAACUAUCCGUCAGUCAGUAUGUCAGUCUGUCAGUCCAUCCGAAAAAACUUUAACAUCGGCCAUUACUUUUUAAAUAUUGAAGAUAGCACCUUGAUAUUUGGCAUGCAUGUGUAUCUCAUGGAGCUGCACAUUUUUAGUGGUAACAUGUCAAGGUGAACAUCAUCCUUCAAGGUCUAGGGUCUAAAACAACAAAGUCAAGGGAAGUAAUAAGCUUUAAAUGGACAUAGUUAUCUGACCUGCCCACGUAUAUAUUUUUGUUAAAUAAAUCAAAGCAGCGCAGUAGGCGGCAUUGUGUUUCUGACAAACACAUUGUGGUUAAAGGUCAAGGUCAUCCUUUACAGUCUACGGUAAAAAAUACAGAUUUAAGGGAAGUAAUAAGCUUUAAAAAGGGAGAAAAUUAUUCAAUAUUGAACAUAGCCACUUUAUAUAUUUGGCAUGUAUGUGUAUCUCAUGGAGCUGCACAUUUUGAGUGGUGAAUCUAAAGACACGGUAGUGGCUUUUAAUUAUUUGCUACUAAAAAUAGAGAUUUGUUACAGACAAUUUAUAUAAUUAUAAAUCUCAUAUUAUAUAUUUCCUAACCAAGAAUUGAAGUUCUUUUCACAGUUACUGUACAGAUUUAUUAUUUUGAUUAUUUAUGACCCAAAUAAUUGAUUUUUCAAAGUUUUUUUUAAAAUGAUAUAAUUAUAAUUUCUUUGAUGUUCAUUACAUACCUGUGGACUUCUGUCCAUAGAUACAUGAUCAACUGUGGCUAUGAUCUCUUUUAAACCACAGGCCUUGGUUGUCAGUGAUGUCUGACAUGGUCAUAAUUGACUGUGAGACCCUCCCUCCCCCGGUUGGAUUGGACAAAAUUCAAGGGAAGUAAUAACCUUUAAAGGGAGAUGAUUUCUAUACCUGCCAAAUGAUAAAUAGAAAUUUUAUUUCAAUGCGGCGCAGUAGGGGGCAUUGUGUUUCUAACAAACAUGACUCUUGUUUGCAAAUUUUUCUGUUUAUGUGCUUUUAGAUGUAUUGUGUUUGUUUUUAUACUGUAUAUUGUUGUUAUUAUCCAAGAUAUAAGUUCAUGUAUUAAUACGCAUAGUUGUUUUAUUCCUCAUACAUGCAAGAGCAGUUCAGUACACUGCAUUGCUGAUGCAUAUACAUGUAUGCCAUGUGUGACAUCACUGCUGACAUCUCAAGCAGUGAUGUCACUUGUGGAUUUGUUUGCAUUUUCUCACCGAGUAAAACUCAUUGAUGUAAAAUGUAAAAGUCCAUAUACUAUUUGUUUUUAUAAAAAUUCAUUUAUCUAGAUACAUGGAUUGUGUUUCUUUGAUGUCACAAAUAUGUUUGCAUAUGUUGCGAGUUACUUACUGUCUUUUCUUUUUUCCUGUUUGCAUUUAGCCAUUUUCAGUUUCCUCUGUGCAAAAAAAGGGUUAAUAUAGUACAACAAGUGCUUUGUUGGUAAAAGUACUUAAUGCAGGGCACACUAUUUACACCUUGCUAUUAAUUCAUGAAGCAACAGCACAAAUCAUUGAAUUUAUUGUUUGACAAUUUCGUUUAUGAAAGCAUGAUAAGUUGAAUUCAAUCCUUGUUUUUGCACAGAAGGGGACAAAUUUACUUAAAUUUCACAAGGUAGAUCAAUGUUCUAAAUUUUCUGUAAGGCAAAUCGGAGGUACACACUUCAUCAUUAAAAAAAAUAUAUUGGCAAGCAUAUACAAAAAAUGAUUGUUCUUUUAAUUAUAUUUAUAUUGUUCUGCAAAAUAUGUAUUCAAAUUAUGUCACAACAAAAAUAAUAGUAUACAUUUAUAUAUUUUUUAUGAAAAAAAUAUAUGUAUAUGGGACCGUUUGAUGAUUAUUGGUUGUUUUGGUUUUAUUCUUUCAAUUUGUAUAUGGCAUAUUUUUAUUUUUUUUAUGCACUUAAAUUAAUGCACAUGUUUAGGUCCUGCUUAUAUCAACAAUUGUUCAUGUCCACGCCCUAAACAUAUCUAAUUAAGCAAUGAUUUUGUUAGGAACGCAGGUCAGGAAUUUCAUAAUUUGUUUUGUCAAUAUUACGCAGUUGAAAUAUCAGGUAAAUAAAUUAAACAUAUCUAAAAAAAAUCUUGAAUUCUGUAUACUUUGUGUUAGGAGCCUUUAUACUUAAAAAAAAAUGCAAUUUA